GUCGUGUUUGGUUGUUGGACGCAGUGUGAGUUGAUGACUUGCGGUGAGAUGUGUGUCUGAGCGGCAUGUACCAUGUGAAAACAAGAAACUAAGGGAAUAGAUUCGACAUUUUCACCAAGAAACCAGAGAAAAUUUUAACUGCUGAUCGUGGCCGUCGGAAGGAAAGAAGUUGGAGAAUUUGCUCCAGAGGUCUGCGUGUCAUGCCAGAGGGGUCCCAUUCUGCUCUCCACCAGGGCCCAAUGGGGGAAGAAUCUCCUCAGUUGUCCUCACCCCUGUCCAGCAGUGACCAUGUCCAGGGUAACGUAGAUUUGAGCCCCGACUGUUAUGGCCUAAUGUGCGCAGAGCUACUGGAUGGGGAGUGUGAGCGUCCAGUGAGCCUUGUGUCCACCCUGUCAUCUGGUUCAUCCCGUGAUAGUCACAGCCUUUUUGGAAGCACAGUGGCCCUUCCUUCCUCCACCACACCUCCCAUACCUAGCGAAGAGGACAUAGACCUAGAGCUGAGUCCAGCAGAAAGCACCAGAGAGCAGGCCAGAAACCAGAGCCCCAGUCUUUCAGGUUCCAAGGAACGCUGGCGGGAGUGGCUGGAGCCCAGGGUGUUCAACAACCAGCAAAACAACAACAACGCCACCGCCAGCAAGGCUGCAAGUAGUGAAGUACUUCAUAUUCCCACCUCACCUGUCGUCACAGAUGCAAUGGCACCCAACCCAAAGCUGACCUAUGUUGACCGUGUUGUCAUGGAGAUAAUCGAGACAGAGCGCAUGUAUGUCAAAGAUCUGCGAAGCAUCGUGGAGGACUAUUUGGCACACAUAAUAGAUACAGGCAACCUUCCCAUACGACCUGAACAAGUGUGUGCACUUUUUGGAAACAUAGAGGACAUCUAUGAGUUCAACAGUGAAUUGCUGCAGGCCUUGGACAUGUGUGAGAAUGAUCCUGUGGCUAUUGCUCAGUGCUUUGUAAACAAGAGUGAAUAUUUUGAAAUAUACACGCAGUAUUGCAACAACUAUCCCAACUCAGUGGCAGCACUGACCGACUGCAUGAGGAGUAAAACCUUAGCCAAGUUUUUCAGAGAUCGGCAGGCUGCUCUGAAGCGCUCCCUCCCUUUGGGCUCCUACCUGCUAAAGCCUGUUCAGAGGAUCCUGAAAUAUCACCUUCUCCUUCAGGAAAUUGCCAAGCACUUUGACCCAGAUGAGGAGGGCUCAGAGGUCAUUCAGGAGGCCAUAGACACCAUGACAGGCGUGGCCUGGUACAUCAAUGAUAUGAAGAGGAAACAUGAGCAUGCCGUCAGAGUGCAGGAGAUCCAGUCUCUUCUGAUUAACUGGAAGGGGUCUGACCUGACCACAUAUGGAGAGCUGGUGCUGGAGGGCACCUUUCAUGUGCUAAGAGCGAAGAAUACCCGCACACUCUUCCUCUUUGAAAAGAUGCUUCUCAUUACCAAGAAAAGAGGGGAACACUACGUCUACAAGAUCCAUAUAUCAUGCUCCACCUUAAUGCUACUUGACAGUGCCAAGGAUCCCCUGCUCUUCAGUGUUAUCCAUUUCAAGCGUCCCAAGCAGCCUCAUACGGUUCAGGCCAGGUCUGUAGAAGAGAAGCGUCUUUGGUCCCAGCACAUUAAGAGGCUUAUUCUUGAGAAUCACAACACCAUCGUACCACAGAAGGCAAAAGAAACCACUGUGGACAAUUCUAACUAUCUGGGGAAGUACCAGUAUAGUCCUGAGAGGAUGAUGAAAGCAGAGUGCUGCCAGACUGAAGACUUCCAUCUUGGAGGAAGAAAUGGGAGGAGGAGAUCUGAGCCAGUAAAACAAAGCAUAAGGAGCACAAAAGCUGUUCUGAAGCACGCAGAGAGCGAAGGGGCACUGCUGGGGGAUAGAUGCUCCCUUCAGCCAGCCACUAGUGUCAGUACACUGACCUCCAGACUAGGCGAGCCCCAGGCUGAGAGGCCUUGUGUGGAGGAUCUAAUUUCCAGAAGGGAGUCUCUGGAGCAGCUAAAUCCUACUGACAGUGACCUUAAACUGGGCUCUUCACCGAGUGAGGGCAGGCUGGAGCAGGAGGAAGGGAAGAGUUACAAAGAAGAUGUACUGAUGGGAGACGACCAGGUAGCUGACUUUGCCAGCUCAGUCCUGGCAGCCAUCUCCUGCUGGCACUAUAGAGCCAGGGCUUUGCUUUCCACUCACUUCACAACGGAUGUUGAAAACAAAGAUACUGUUGAGCAGCAAACUACACUAGUAAAGGAAACGGAACACUGCAUGCAGGAGGAAAACAGGGAUGUUGUUGUGAAAGAAACUCACAGCACAAAGCUCACUGUGCAGGAGCUGAGCCUUUCAGACUGUGUUCCUCAAGGAGAAAAGAGCAGCCAGCUGGAGGUGGAUCCUUCCCAGAGUCCAGAGUCACCUGUUGCCCCCUCUGAUCAAGAAGCGGAGACUCCAGAAACUGUGGAUACCUCUAGAGAGACUGGAGAAGAAGAAGAGGGAGGGAGUGAUUCCUCUGGUCUCCAAGUGGAAGAAACAAGUGUACUUCCUAAUGGGGAAUUCUCAGAGGAGGAAGAGGAGGUGUCUACAGAUAAUAAAAGCAUCCUACCUUCCUCUGUGUUGGACCAGGCGAGUGUGAUAGCUGAGCAGUUCAUUAGCAGCCUAUCUAGACGGAGCAGUCUUGUUUCUGAGGACCUUGGUCCGCUUGCAUGCCCUUCACCACCAACAGAUAAUGAUGUCCUUCAAAGCCCCUCAGCCCAUAUGGACUUGGAGAAACAGACCCAAAUGGGAGCCAGGUCUUCGCCAGCAUCACCAGAAACCUCAGAGGCUAAUCUAUCCAUCCCUGAUCACAUGCCUGAUCUCAGUGAAGGGGAACGCAGAUCCACUCUCUCCAAACAAGACCGCCUCCUUAUACACAAAAUCAAACAAUACUAUGAACACGCAGAGCACCAAGAUGCUAACUUCAGCAUCAAGCGCAGGGAAAGUCUCUCCUAUAUUCCAGCUGGUCUGGUUAGGCAACUGAGUCGACAGCUUAACAGUAUUCCUCAAGAGAAGGUCAGCACAGUGCACAGGAAAGGUCUUUCUCAAAACAGGCCCACUUCUUGGUCCGUGUUUGACCUUCCUGGAUUAGAAAAGAGUCAAAACACUGAACCACAGAGCUCAUUUGAAUCCAAGGCCACAUCUCAAACCUCUACACCAGAAGACGAGUUCAGACCUUCGUCUGACAUGAUCAAGGUUUGGCAAGUCAUGGAAACUGAGGAGGAGAACCAAGAAGUCCAGCCAACUGCAGAGUCAAAACUAAGAGUUAUAUGUGAUGUCAACUCAGAUAUUUCAGACAAUAAAAUGAAUAUUCAGCUUUUAGAAGAGUCUGAAAUAAACACUGCCUCCCCAUCAUCACCUAAUAUAAGUUUCCCAGCUAUAGAGGAGAGGUCAGGUCAGGACUCUAAGCCAUGUAGGACCCAAGAGAACUGCAAUUGCAACCCUAGCCACCUACCUAAGAUCAUUAACUUCCGAACCAGCAUGGAGGAAGACCAGAUCCUCCAAGACAUGGGCAAGAUGAAAAAUAAGGUUUUCCAGCUGGCUCGUCAGUACAGCCAGCGCAUCAAGAACAACAGACCCAUAAUCUGGCAGAGGAGCCGACAAAUGGCUGUACAUGAGGAGAAUAUGAGGAAAACUGGUAAGGCCACCCUCAGAUUGCCCCUAAAUGUGGAUGAUCAGGCAGUUAUCCAUGAAGUUCAUUCUCCCAGUCCAGUCCAGACCCCCAGCUCUGGAGCCAGCUCUCAAGACACAUUAACCAGCCCACAGAGCCCACACCCAGAGACCUUCCACUGGCCAGACGUUCAGGAGCUGCGCACCAAAUACACAGACGCCUCCCACUCUUCAAAAACAGCCUGUGUCUGCAUAGACUUAAAUGGUAUGGUGGAGUGCUGCACAAAAACGUGUAAUGGUUGCUCUCACAAGUACAACAGCUCCUCAGACCUUAAUAAAACUUCAACAGACUGCUGUACAAAGCAAUCUGAAACAGCACACAAGGAAAUGUGUCCUGUGGUAGAGGACUGGCCCCAGCACCAGACACAUUCCCUGCUGUGCAGGUGGAGUUGUUUGGACCAAAUGCUGGGGUCUCUUCCCCUUCAUGAAGUGCAAAACCUUCAGGACUCUGUGCGGGCCUGCAGUCCAGUUAGCAGACUUCAAGACAAGAACAGCCUACUCCCAGAGGGUGUCAACAGUUCAAAGUCUGCCGUCCUGAGCUCAGGGAAGGCCUCAGAAAGUAAUAUUGUAAAAGGUUUACGGGAGAAGUUCCAGAGCUUAGGCACAAGCUGAUGCGCAUGUGCAUGAUGUACAUUUUUAAUAUCAGGAGCUAUCGCAUGGAAACAUUAUCUGGCCGUCAUUUGUUGCUGUACAGAAUUCAUUCUGCUUUUUUUUUCUUAAAAAAAAUGUUACUUGAUGUUUGUGCAGUUUUUUGGUAUAGGAGAUGAUGGUUAUUAAUGUUGACACCAGUGUAACAUAAAGGGAUGUUAUUGGUAAGGCUGUGACAAGGAAGAAUACUGUUUAAAAUGGUGUUAUGCAAUAUUUCUACACUGGGUAUUUGUCUGCACAUUACAUUAAGAUUAUGUAAAAAUAUAUGUAUAGUCCCCUAUAUAAAAUGAAAAUAAGAUGCUUUAUUAGUCCAGCCAUGUAUUUGGUUUCUUUACUGUUUUCUGUAGACAUCAUAAAUGUCAUAAAGAUUAAGGGGAAAGUGGGAGCUGAAUUUUUAUUGUAGAGAGUUCUGUUUGUAAAGUCACUGUUUCUACACCAAAGAGGGUUGCCUUUUGACAUUUAUUGUUUUUUUAAGCACAAAAACACAAUGAAUUGCUUCUACAUUUCCUUUAGCUGCUUAUACUUCUGUUUUUACACUUCACUGGAGCUUUAUGUUUUUCAGUAAGCUGCAUUUUUUCUUGAAUAUUAUUUAAAAGACUGUAUAUUUGGGUACAUUUGUGUAAAUACUUAACAGCAACCAGUUUUUACUUUGCAGUUGCAGAAUAUGCAUUGUUUCAUAUGCACAGCUUACCAUAUUUUCAAUAAAAAUGGUCAGUUUCCACA